GAAUUAGGCAUGGGAAAUUUUGCCUUUAAACGACACAUAAUUGAGCAUCCACGUUAGGACCCAAUACAUAUGAUUGAGCGUUUUUGAAGUUGACAUAAAGCUGACAUUAGUCAUGUAACUGCCCUCGCACUCGGUAACAAUCACGUUAUUGAACAUUGCAAUCCAUUGGCGAUCAGAGAACAUCGAUGUCAGCGUCAAAAAGCUCUUAACCAAUUCUCCAUUCGUGGUUGUCAUCUUCCUCCUCCUCCUCAUCUUCAUCUCUUCUCUGUAUCCCUCACAAAUACAUACAUACCAGCAUAAACCUUAUUCCAUUGCAUAACAGAGAGGCCGAGUUGAGCGUAAGUCCCACCUGCAUUCGACGGCGAUGGCUGAGGAGGUGGCCAUUUCACUCGUGAUCCACAACUCGGUACACGUGCUCUCCGAGGGAAAAAUUCUCUCUCAGGGAUUACGCGAUCAAAUCAAUACGGCUACAAAUGAUCUCCAGAAUAAAUUUAUCACCUUGAAGUUACUGGAAUCCGGCACCAACAACGACCAGCAAACCAGCGACCGAUCUCGCCUCCUGGAUCGUGCUCGUGGUGCUGUGGACAUCGCCGAUAAGGUCCUCCUGGAAGCAUCGCAACACUUAAAGUCCCACAAGGGCCGCCUUGCAAAAAUUCGAGCAUUAGUCCACUUCAUGUCGCUCUGGAUACGUGUACGCGCCACCAAAAAGAUGGCCCGCGAUUUCGUCGCCAGAGUCGAGGAAUUGUCCACUCACCUGUCCCAAAUGCAAGAUCUGUCUCGUAAUGAUCUGCCUAAUCUUGAUGAAAAUGCUUCAUCGAGGAAUGCGCAUCGAGGGAAGGUUCGUUGGAAUGGGAAGGUUGAGUCGGACAUUGUGGGCCGUGAAGAUGAAGAGCGCGAGCUCCUAGCUAGGUUGACCGUGCAAGAUGACAAUCGGGACUCGUUGAGACUUCGCGUCGUUUCAGUGGUGGGAGAAGAAGCCAUCGGCAAGACGGCUCUCGUGAGGAAUGUGUACAACAGACUCGAGAUAGAUCAUAGCUUCCAAUGUCGCGUCUGGGUUCAUGUUCCUGAAGAAUCCACCUUGAAAGGUCUCUUGGUGAAGAUACUGAAGCAAACGCCUCUGCGGGAACUGAAAGAUCUAGAGCACAUGGAACAAGAAAACCUCAAAGAAAUCCUUCACAAGUCCUUGAUGGAACUGAGGUAUCUCAUCGUGUUUGACAAUUUGCAUGAGGCCAAGGUCAUGGACGACCUCAUGAUCCUCCUCGCGGACGCGAGGAGUGGAAGCAGAGUCAUUGUCACUUGUCGGGAUCCUGGAAUCCCAUCACUUAUAGACCCUUGGACUUCUCCUCUCAAAUUGAACAAAUUAGAUGCAGACCAGAGCAAGCGCUUAUUGGGGGAAUGCGGCUCUGUUGCUGAAGAUCCGGGGCUCACAGCGAGGAUACUGAGCAAGUGCAGUGGCUCUCCUCCGAGAAUUUUGCUGCUCGGAGGACUUGCGGCAGCGAGCUGUGAUUCUUCUCCUGUCAUGGUGGACCAGCACGCUGCUAAUCCCACGCUCCAUGAUAUCGUCUCCUGGAGCUUCCACAAAUUGCCUUCCCUGUUCAAGCCCUGUUUGCUUUACUUUUGCCUCUUUCCCAAAGACUCGGAAAUCUCAACAAGGAGGCUCUUCCAGCUAUGGCUCGCCGAAGGAUUGGUCCGACCCUUGGAACAUCCUACAGCCAUAGGUGGCGAAGAGCAAGUGCUCAGGCCCACGGCCAUGGCGUGCUUCCAAGAAUUGGCUGGUCGAAACUUGGUUCAUGUGGUGAGGUGUAGGAAGCUCAGCGUAAGGCCGAAAUCGUGCCGCCUGCCUAGUUUCCUACAUGAUUUCUUGUGCAACAUGGCAACGCGACUUAGACUUCUUCAGAUCCAUUCCGACACAAAGUGCACUUACCAUAGCGAAGAGUCAAAGGUAGUUAAUGGCUGCUCAGCAUGGAUUGUCAAGUAUCAAGAUAUUAAUUAUCACCAAGAAUCUCAGCAGCGUGCUGAGACAGAGGAUCAUCAGAAGGGCGACAUCCAACUCCAACACCUCCGUUCCUACGUGUCCUUCAAAACGCAGAAGCACGGGACUCGCUCGAGGGAAGUGGAAGAGUUGCUUCGGCCCUUGAUUUCAAAGGGAGACUGUGGUCUGCUCAGGGUGCUCGAUCUGGAGGGGGUUUACAAGCCAUUGCUCCCGGACGGACUUGGAAAUGUACUGCUGAACUUGAGGUACUUGGGAUUGCGAUGGACGGUCCUCGAUUCGAUCCCUGAAUCAGUCGGUAACAUGUCCCGCCUCGAGACAUUGGAUUUGAAGCACACUAACGUUAGGAAUUUGCCAAGUUCGAUUUGGAAAGUGGAGUCCCUCCAGCACCUGUACAUGAAUGAGGUAUGCUUUGAUAAGUCCACCAAUCGUCGUACACCGCUGGCAAAGUACCCGAGCAAUCUCCAAACCUUAUGGGGGUUAUACAUUGGAGCUGCUACGAGUCCCAUGCUCGAUGUGCUUAGUAAAUUGACCAGGCUCGAUAAAUUGGGGCUGACGUGUAAUUCUCCAGUGGUGGAGGAAGCAGCCAAGUGCAUUUCGAAGCUCACGAUGCUUCGAUCCCUCAAGCUGAGAUCCAGGGAUCUCUUCGGUCAGCCCUCGGAUCUCAACUUGAGCGACAUGACGGGACUCGAGUCGCUUGUGGAAUUGUAUUUGCUUGGGAGCUUCCCUAACCGAGAGCCCCUCGAGGACUUGCCUAAGCGGGACGACUUGGAGCUCCUUCCUCGGAACCUGAAAAUCCUGACCUUGUCCAUGUCAAGACUAGGCUCUGAUCCGAUGCCUACCCUAGGAAAGCUCGAGAGCUUGGAAAUUCUCAACUUAUUUGCAGGCUCUUAUACUGGUCAAAAGUUGAAUUGUCGCGCAGGUUCAUUCCAAAGCCUUCGCGUCCUCAAAUUGUGGAAGUUGGAGGGAGUCAUAGAAGCUUCAGUACAAGAAACCGCUCUUUGUCGCCUGGAAGAGCUGGAGAUCAAGAACUGUGGACUCCUAACUUCUUUUGCUUCAUUGGAUCAUAUUGAAUCCCUGAGACAAAUUAGUUUGAUUAAAGUGAAGGAAGAAUUGGCGAUGAACAUCAAAGCCGGAUUGACCCGACAAGUAUUCAUCAAAGAGAAACAAUCUGUGACCUCUUCUUCUUCUUCGUCUGCGCAGGUAAUGUUUCAUCGCUUUUACGCCUUCUUUUUCCUUGCAUUUCCUCAUUUAUAUGCUCUGUUUUUAGUACCUGAUCAAGUUUAUCAAGAGGUAAUUUUGCCACAUAAAUGUGUAGGCGGAUUCAGCAAUGAGAGACAGGAGAGAAAUCGGAGACAGAGAAUGCUCAUAAAUUGUUGCAUUUUCGAUAUUCACGAGACUAUUCUUCUUCUUCAACUUUAA